AUGGACAUGGUCAACUCCGACUCUCACUCUCCCCAGGUACUUCAAAUUUCAAACAUUAUCAACACUUUCCCUGUACUCUUUAUGGUGAGACUCCUUUUCUGGCAUAUUAUUGCGAGUAGUUUAUAA